GGAUCAGACUGUAGCGACUUGCAGCAAAGUUAGCUACAAAGUUGCCCGGAGGUUCCGGGACCCGCUGCCGGGACCCCAGACCCCCCCCCGCCGGGGCUAGUCCCCCACCCCUCGCUGGGAUCCAGGGCCCCCCCGGCGCCGCCUGUCGGGUGGGAUCCAGCCCAGCUGGGCAGGAGCAGCAAUGGCCAAGAACGCUGACGCGCGGAACUCAGACAACAGCUGGGUGAUUGCUGGCUCUGAGGGUUUGCCUGUGGAAACUGUGGGCCCAGAGGAGGGGGAGCUGCCCCAGGCUGCAGCAGAGGAGCUGGUGGGAGACACCCUUGAGGUGGAGGAUGAAGCCCAGGACACACUCCCAGCGUCCGCCCACAGGGGCAAGAAGGACGAGGCCUCCCUGCUAAGUUCGGCUGCUGGCCGGGAGGAGGCUGAAUUCAAGGACUCUGAGGAGCACUUGACAUCUAGCCCCAAGGGUGGCCCUGACGCAGCAGCCCACCCCGAUGAGCUGCUGGACAUCCACGAGCCUGAGGAACCAGACUCCCAGGAUGCCAGAUUGGACUCUGGCGCUGAAGUCCUGGGCUCCUCACUCACAGGCAGAACAGGGGCACUGGCAGAGGAGGGCAGUGGCUCCAGCAGCAACGAGGACCAGGAUGUGGAGGGGCUGCGGCGGCGGAAGGGGCGGGAUGUGCCCGCUGCUCCUGAGAGGCCUGUGCCACACAGAGUGCUGGAGGCUGAAGGUGCCGAGGGGGGCUUGGGCACAACUACUUACCUGCUGGGUGCAAUGGCACUGCUGGCUGUGGGGCUGCUGGUCUUCUCAGGUGGCAUCUAUGACCUGGGAGACAGCCUUACAGAGAGUGCAGGGGCUGGGGAUGCCCCAGAGGGGGAGCAGCCAUGGUCACCCCCACUGCCGGUCAUCAGCAUAAAGGAGCAGUUGGAGCAGCCACCACCAUCACCAUCCUUGGCCGGGGACCCACAGAGCCUGCAGGCCAUGAGCCUGCUGCUGGACAAGCUGGCCAAGGAGAACCAAGACAUCCGAGCCAUGCAGGCGGUGCUGCAGGUGAGACAGGGCCCUGGGCUGGAGGGAGCAACUCCCUGCCCCUUGGUCCUCACCUGGCUUCCACACCCGCAGGCACAGAAGGAUGAACUCCAGGCCCUGCUGGAGAAGAGUGAGACUGAGAAGGCGGUGGCUGGGUCCCCCACUCCUGGUCUGGCAGAGAUGGCACAGCUCCGGGCGUCACUGCAGCAGGAGGCAGCUGCCCGCCAUGCCACGCAGGCUGAGCUGCUGCGGCUCCAGGGGCAGCUGAAGCAGCUGGAGCAGGAGGCUGUGGCUAGGGGUGGGCAGCAGGAGCCCACCAUGGAGCAACCCCAGGCCCCAGCCCGAGCCUCAGCGCCCCACAAGGAGCGGCUGCACCAGGAGCUGAAAAGGCAGCGCGGGCUGCUGGCCUCAGUGCAGCAGGACCUGGUGGGUGCCCUGCAACGGGCCCAGGCCUCAGGGCGGCUGGAGCAGCUGCAGGCAGAGCUGGGCUCCCUGGAGCAGCGGCUGGCACAGGAGCUGCAGCAGGCAGAGAGCUGGGAGCAGGUCUGGGGCGGAGAGGAGGCUGCAGAGCCCUUGCCCCACCGCAGCAAAAAGCCAUUAAAGGCUGAGCGGAAGGAGGGUCCGAGGCACAAGGCGAGGGGGGAGCCACGGCCUGGCCGGCCCGGGGACAAAGUGGGCAGGGAGCCGAAGGAACCGGGCAGCCCCAAGCACCACAAGCCCCGCCGAGAUCCCAGGCCAGGCAGGGACUGGGACAGCCCAGCGCGGCGGGUGGAUGGCAGGAAGGUGCCCCCACAUGGGCACCAUGUGCCCCGUGCCUGGGAGCUGCCCCCCCUGAGCCAGUACCAGGCACCCCAGGGCUGCUCAGGUGCAGCAGCUUGCGCCCGGCAGGAGGGGCUGGCACCCGUGCAGAAGGCAGGGUUCCUGCAGCUGCUGGAGGGGUUCAUGGUGCAGCGAGGCUGGGGGCCACACUAUGGGCACCUGGCCGCACUGCUGGAUGACGUCUUCAGCCCAGAUGGCACCUUUGCCCACGACCACCUGCGCUUCAGCGACUUUGCAGAUGACGUGGAGGACCUGCUCGAGGUGCUGGCAUGGCAGGAGCAGGGUGAUGACGAGGCGGCCGAUGACUUUGAGGAGUUUGUGCUACAGCACUACGGGCUGGGGCCGAGUUCUUGCAGCUCUGCCAGGGAUGGAAACCGGAGUGGCCCCAAGCGCCACGAGAAGGAAGGCCGUGGGCACCGCCCCCCGCCCGACCAUGCCAGCAGCCACGGGCAGGAGGGCAGCCCACGGGCCCAGGGGUAGUGCCCGCCCCCCGCGCCAGCGGCAGUAGCAGGAAGUUGAUUGCCCGGGGCAUCUGUUCCAAUGCCCUGGGCCCGGGCCGAGGGGACACAACUCGCCCUGGGAGGGGUCAAGGCCACCAGCUUCACCGCAGGACUACCCCAGGGCCGUGCCCAGGCCUGCAGGCAGCUGCUCCCUGCAGGAGCCUGGGGAGGGGAAGGCAGGACCUGGCUGUUUGGCCCAAGCAGCGGCAGCUGCCCGGGUGCCCUUGUGUACCCCCGCCCCCAGCUAUGCCUUUCUGCCACGUGCCACGAGGCUGACCCCGCACUCCUUCCCUCAGGACCCUGCAGCUGGGGCCACCGCACUAACCUGCCCUAACACCCGCGCGUGACUUGCACUUGGAUGGAACCGAAUAAACUCCCGCCGGGAGCUC